AUGUCCAUCACCACCAUGAUGUCAGGAAAGCUACGUCCAUGCCACACUUUUCAGAGCUUCAAGAGGGAAGGAGGACUCCCUACGCCCGGUUCAGAGACAUCAAAAGAUCGAGAGGACAUCGUUCCGACUACUUCUACAAAUGAAGGAGAGUUCGCAGGACUGGCAGGUGAAGCUGAAGUCCGUGACGUCCAAGAGGACCCUGACAGUAUCCACACAUCACAUCAUCUACAUCGUGAACUGCUGCGGGAGCAUGAAGUCAGUCGUUUCGAGGCGAGGCUCCUCAACAAGAUCGGAACGCAAGACGAUGCAGAGAGUGGUGGUGGUGGUGAUUUUUGUGGUGGUGAUGACUGUGACUUCCUAACGAACAUAACUCACGUGUGUCACCUGUACAAAGGCUUCCUUGCCUUGACGGACGUGCUGCGUGGCACGGUCUCUGUCGCCACACCCAGAGGCAGUGUCGUUGGCAACUUAUUGAACAAGCCGGGGUCAGAGCCUUGGUGCUCCUGCGUGGCGCCCAACGGCCACCUGGUGGUGACCUUACGCCACCUAGGCUGCGUGACGGUGUGGUCUGGCAAGGGCACCCUCGUGCGUGAGUUCGGCUACGGAGUGCUGACGUGUCCCACCAGCAUCGCCUGCGACCGGCGAGGCAGGUUCGUGGUGACGGACGACAAGACCAACAUGGUGGCCCUCUUCACGCCUUCUGGACAGUUCAUCACCUACCUCCGAGGUCCCGGGAAGACCAUGACCAGCAGCGACAUGUAUGUUGGACUUUCGACGGACAACGUUGACAAAUUCGAUCUUUCAUCUGUUGUGCAGUCCGACGAUGUCAACUCGAGGGACGCGACAGCAACUCUCGGUACCGCGACUUUCGAAAGAAACACUGAGCUGCCCAACAACGACGUCGACACUCCUUACGUCUUCUCGCAGCCUCGCUACGUCUGCGUGACGGCCAGCGGCAAAAUCGUUGUGUCCGACGCCGGAAGUCACUCCCUGAAGAUCUUUGACCCCGACGGCAACUUCUUGCACGCCGUGGGCAGCUACGGCAGCGGCGACGGGCAGCUUAAGGCGCCUUACGGCGUCUGCUCGGACCAGCAGGAGAACAUCUUCGUCGCCGACUACUACAACAACCGUGUCAGCGUCUUCACCAUCGACGGCAAGUUUAUACAGCACGUCCUGACGUCAUCUUCCGGUUUAUUCAGACCCAAAAGCGUAGCUGUGCGCCCUACGCAUGACCGGAAACUGUACGUGGCGCACGGCGGACUGCGCACCACGGAAGUGUUGAUGUAUCGUCUGCACGAAAAAAACAAUGGAGUUUCUGUGGCCCUGAAGUUUGAUUUUUGACUUUUUUAAAACUAAAUAGAAAUAGCUGGACUUCCUUUAUUUCGCUGUUCAACAAUUUUACAAAUAUUUUUAUGAUCACAAGGUCAGUUUACUGGAGCAGAUUUCUUAUUUGAAAAACUUUGUCAAUGUCCUUUUUAACUACAAAUGAAGGUUUCACUAAGUCUGGCAAACCUUUUAUGCAACCGUGAUGUAAAACUUGGCUAAACUUUACUCAAACUUUUAUCCAUAUUUGUCUCAUUAAUAAUGACUUUUAUCUAAGAACAAAGCAAGGGACUCGUUAUUCGGGGAAUUUUUUGCAGUCUCAAGUUUCCAAUAUUAUGCCAUUUCGGCUCCAUGUUUCCCCGUGUUGAAAUUAUGCUCAGAAAAUAUAGAAUAUGAACAUGAAUAUGUAGCUCUAUUGGCAGAAAGAACCAUGAACUUUUUGAAGGUUACCACUUUUGGAUUCCUUUUUAGCAUCUCCUAGGGCUUUGUUGUAAAUGCUCAUUUAUCAUACACACCCCCAAUUAUUGCAACCGGUGGCUCGUCUUCCUGCAGUAAUCGCACCUGACAGGUGUGUAUUUUCUUCAUUUCGCGAACGGUAAUGGUACAGGGGAAGUACAUGUACUAUUUAAAACCGAAUUAUUUCUUCACAACUUCUUUUGGCUUCAAUAAUAACAUACAUAGUCUUUUUGAAACUUAAUUUCUUUAUGAUGAAGUGAAGAAAACAUGACCUUUUCGGAUGAACAAACAUUUUCAAGUUUGCAUUUUUCUUCCUAAACAGCAUUCAAAAGUUGAAUAAAAUCUUUUAGAAAUAUAAACUGCAUUCUUUAGCAAUACCUGUUUUUUUUAAAAAAAACUUUAAGGGACUGAUAUAAAUAAUAUUGUUCUUUCAAAAAGAUUUCUUUGAAAGAACACAUACAACCGAUGUAGACGACACUCUCAUACUUUUUUUCUCCUCACAGAACCCGCAUUCUCUACCUUUCAGCAGACGACACUCUUCCCGUUCUAUCAUGCACUCAGUCGCACCACAUCCUUCUCUCUGUUACAUCACUUGUCCUGCUCGGUGUCCGACAUUUUUUCUUCUCCUUUGGGAAAGAAGUCAUCGACCC